UCCAGAUUGAGAAUCAAAACAAAGAAAAUCAGAACAACUUUGUGCGAUUUUUUGCGAUUUUUUCGCCUUUAGAUUUUGUGUGAAGGCAGUGUUAAUGAUAUUAUAGGAAGAAAAAAACAGUCGUGAUUAGUGGUGGUGGCACUUUAAAACUUAAUUACUCAGAAACAUUGUAUAUUAACAAAACAAACACAUUGGGGUUAAUUGUUCGUAUGUUUAUCGGACAAAUUUUGCUUCGUCUGCGUUUCUUCGGUUUCUUCCAAGUGCGACUUUGUUUACAUAUUGCAGAUUACACUGAAUCAUCAAGAAACAGAUUGUGACCAAAUUGAUUAGGCACUAGUGAAAUAUGCACUUCAAAAUGGAGUAGGUUGUCUUCUCUUACUCAUCACCGCCGGAAAAAAUUUUGUUCUGCUACUAAAUUGACAAUCUAAGCAAUGGCCACACUAGAGAAGCCAAAAGUCAAGAAACCAAAAGCCAAGCUGAAGCCGCUGGUUUUACCGGACGUUCCGACUGGCGAGCCGCUGGAAAACGACGAACCAUUCGAAGCGGUGGAAAUUGACUUUCCCAGCACUUCUACUUCGGAGGAAGCUCCAGUGGUUGUGGCGAAUACAAUUGAGGAAGACGAAGAACGGAAUUUAACUGAUUCGGAGAAAAUCUUACACUCGGAGGGGGAUGUUCGGGAGGAGGAACAACCGGUUUUUUCAACCGAACCCACGGCACCCGUUAUAGAAGAUCACCGCGUGGAUGUGCAACCUGACGAUCGGCCGGUUGUGGUUAGCACUGCUCCAGUUGAGCAGCUUUAUCCUAAUUUGAGUGAGCUCAAAAUUAAGGAUUUGCAAGUGGAAGAUGUAGCCGCUGGUUCGGGGGGUCUGAUGCGGCCUUUCAGCCGGCAACAGUUGGCGCUGUUCUACCGGGUGGAUGAUGAACUGCACCAAGCGGAGGUUUUCGAACAGGAAUUUCUUGCGCGUGAGCUGAAUGGGAGCGAGCACUACGCUGGUCAUCCUUUGUACCAACUUCUGCAGCGAUAUGCUAAGGCCCGGGCAGAUUACAGUCUGAAUAUGCUGGAGCUGGAUGCCCUGCGGCGGAAGAGUAAACUGCUGGCGAAAGAACUGUGGCACGUGAAGGAGCAGAUCUUUAGUACCACCGAUACGUGUGUGGACAUGAAGGUACUGCGAGCAUCUCAUAAAUCCAGUGUCGCUUCAAUAGACGAAACGGCCCUAUCCGAGUAUGUCAGCACACUCGAGGAACUGAUGGAGCAGUCCUGUAUUCAAAGUAGCAAAAGCGCCUAUGAAGUCGACGUUAGUCGACUUAAGAUUGACCAGAAAAUUUUCGAAACCCUCAAUCUACACCCAGUGCUGGUGGGACUGAAACCGAACGCUCCGGUUGUACUCAACCCAAGUUUCAUCGAUCCCAGCCAGAUGACGUCUGCCAUCGGAGAACUUCGGCUAUGCAUUUCGAUCCUGUUUGGGUUUCUCCGCAAGGGUAUUACCGAUAAACGCUUCCUAACGGAUGUGAAAGCAUGGACGGGAAAACUAGUGGCGACGCAACUGCGGAUCGCCACUACCCACGAUCAUCUGUUUAUACUGUAUCACGUUCUGCGCAGCCCAAGCGGGAUCUCGAACUGGGCCACACAGCUUAUUCAGAUGCCCGUGGGAGAGCACUUCCAGUGGGGCUGUGAAGAAUUCCAACAUGCGUUGGUUGUGACGGCUUCCAUUCUACUUCCCGUUAAGAAGAGGAACGAAUUUCUGGAGCGCCUCCAGGUGGAUAUGAACCGUUCGAUCGAUGUUGUGCAGGAGGAAAUGUGGGCCAUCGUGGACAGCGAUGGGGAAGAUUGCGCUGGAUCGGAAUCGAUUUCCGAACUCAAGGAAGCGGAUAUGGUGGCGCUGAUCGAUCAAAUUCCCUUCGGAAGAUUGUUUCGUGCAAUCGUGCGAGCCGAGGGAAGGCUGGAUGGUACCUUCCGGAUUGAGGAAGAAAGUGUUAGUGGAAAUUAUGUUCUUAAAUGUGUUGCUUUUGGUUUGAUAUUCGUCGAGCUGCUGGGAAACGGACUGAUUACGUAUGACGCCGAUCGCUACCGACAGUUUGCCAAACGACUAGCUAGACUGAUUAAGCAUACCGUGUUUUACGUCAGUGAUCUGUACCGGGUUCUAGGUGAACGCGCUAAACGUGGCCAGCUGGUGCUGGAUUCCGGCCACCAGACACGAAUUGGUUUGGAGUUUGAUGUGUUCGUAAUUAGAGCUGCACAGCACAUUUACCGUUCGAGGAAGAUCGGCACCUGGCAGUAUCUGACGGGUUUUCCGUUCGAUCAGCUCAGUAUUGGGGCGCUGUGGAAACUCUACUACUGUCUGCAUCUGAACGAGUUCCGCGAGGAACUGAUUGCUGAUACAAGUCGCGACUUUCGAACUUGUUGCACUUGGGUAGACCAACGGGAAGUGUUUCGCGGCAGCUUGCUCGAGAUGCCUUCGGAAGAUCUCUACUAUUUGCUGCAAAUCUUCUCCAACAUGGCUUUGGCAAGAGAGCCUAUCGAUAUGGAAUUCAUCACCGCGGUAGCGUUGAAUUUAUUUGACAUCGGUUAUCUGAAUGAGCACACAAAAGAUUUCUGCUAUAAGGCCGUGAAGGAUCUGCUGCUUAAUAUUGUCACCAGAUAUCCGUCGCUGGUUUCGAACCUGCUGCAGUCGCUCAAACAGGAGGUCGCUUCGGUUGACCAUUCCGCGAUGUACAUCUUCAAAUCACUGCCCCUGGAUCGGUGGCAUCCGCAGUGGGCCGACUUUGAGCUGCUCGCCAACUGGAUCCUGAACUAUGCCUUCGACGCCAUCCAGAGUGCAACCGCGCGGGUUAUUUUGAUUCAUCUAAAUUACAAUUUCGAUCGAAACAACGACCUCUUCCUUCCACACGACAUCCACGUACGGAUCGCCUGUCUGGUGACGGAAGUCUACAUCAAACACGUCCCCGAACUGCUAGGGGCUUCGCAAGGUCUGGUUGCAUCCGUGGGUAGCUUGGUAAAAAGCAGAGCAGCUCAAGAGCAGUUUCUAGCCUGGUGCUGGAAUAUAGUUGGUCUUCUGCGGCUUCACUGUAUGGACCAGAGCUCGGAAGCCAUAAAUGGGAUGAUCAAAAACCCGGCACUAAUCCUACGACACGUUCUCGAACUAGAGCGAGCCCAACAAAUCUAUCAGGGUGUCACUGAGAAUCGCCCGCUCGCUGUUUAUCUGGCAAUUUUGAUUAGUCAAUGGGGACACUCAGUGCCGCAAAUCUGCCACAAAGGAUUCGAACAAAUUCGGCUUCUAUUGAACGAUCAUCGGUACACGGUAGUUGUGCGCUGUCUACAACUGAUAACCCCUUUAUUUAUUGAGUGUCCCGAUAGUUUGAGUCGCUGCGAAACGUUCAAAUCUAUUCUGUUGAAUUUGAUAGCAGCCGAUCGGUACUACGCACGAUAUACCAAGGAUCAAUUCCGGCCGGACUCCAAUGCGCCCGUGACGGAGAUGCUCCAAUGUAUGAUCCUUUCGCAGAUCACUGGCUACGCGAGCUAUGGGUUGAGCUCUCCUACGCUGCUCAUCAACAUUUGGAUGCUCUGUUUCACCGAACUUCCCAACUGGACCAAAGAUGCGGCCAUUAUCAGUCUGAUAGAUGCAAUGUUGGGUGUUGCGUACCAAUUUUCCGACGCCUGGCAUUCCAUGAAGGAGUUCUUUCGGCCAUUUUUCUCGCGUUUCGAGGACAUCAAGGCACCGAAACCCUCCGGACUGCUGAAUCUGCUGACCGCAAGUCCCGCCGAUCUGUUCACAAAUCCUUCAUCCAACACCGUGUUUCUUUCGCUGUUUACCCUCGAGCUGGAGUAUGAAAUCACCGAAAUUCAAACCCGAAUUUGGCUCGAAACUCUGCGGGCCGCCGCACAGCCAGGUGGUUCUUCCAAAGUAUCCCUAGAAACAGCGCUCAGGAAGGCAACCUCGAUUUUGGGCUACGCACCGUUUCCCGUCGGCUCGUUGACCGUGUUCAAACUCGCCAAUCUAGUGGCAGACUGUUCGGUCAAAGCCUACAUGUACCCGAUCGUGUGCCAACUAUUUUUCAUCGUUUACCUCUCCCGUGUUCCGCUGGGGCAAGAUGAGGAGCGUUUUGCCACCAUCUUUGGUAUCAGCGAUCGCUUCUACGAGUAUAACGUUACCCUAAUGAAACGAAUUAAGAAGCAACUGUACGAAGCGGAAUGUUACUAUAAUGCAGCUUCGGUCAGUGAAAGUGAGGAACGUCAGCUUUCCUUCUACAACUACUGCACGAGACUUUUCAAAACGUUCCAGCUUUGGUUGGAGGACACCCAGCUGAAUCGAGUUCGACCACAGUCGAUCGAUCUGCCGCCACAGUUCGACUGCCACCGGUUGGCGUCGAUUUUCCGCGGCAACCGUGAGCACUGGGUAGAGUUUAUAGAUUAUCGGGCCAUGCGAGCGGAUCAUCGAGAUCUGGCGAAUAACUGGCAGAAGCUAUGCUUCCGCUAUAGACCGUCUCUUUCCACGACGACGAUCAUGGGAGGAGCCUCCCCGGUCCGAACGCUGAAUCCAAGCCAGAGUAACAUCGAUCUACACGAUCCGAAGCAAUCAAUCUGCAAGCGCCUCGAAGCGUACGAUGCUCCCGUGCCUCCUCCGGAAGUUUUCAAACCCACCUCCCUAGUCACAGCCAUCAACUUCUCCACCCAAUCUUCCAGUGCUUUAGUCUCCUCACUGAAGUCCGACUUCUCCAUCUUGGACAAUUACGCCAAAAAAGAAUUCCACCAUAUGUACAACGACCAUCUGCAGCUGGACUCUUGCUACCUAGAACAGGUUCGAAAGCUCUACAUCAACGAGGACAAAAUCCUGUACAAAACUGUCAGCUGCGGCAACAAAUGCCUUAGCCCACGUAAAAUCAUUGUUCGCUACAGUAAGGCUGUACUGGAUCGCAACGUUAGCGGAAAUCUGGCGGAUAAUCGCUCGCUCCACGAUGCGCUGCUUCAGCGGGAGUCCAAAAUACCCGAUCGGGUCGUAAAAGCCUCGGUACGAAUCGACGCGCUACUGCGGCAACUUGUGGAAUCCUAUCAGAGUUUCAAGCUGAGCAACGAGGCCAAUUUGUGCGCGAAGCUCAACAAGGUUGGCACCGCACUAUUCUACGAGUUCGUGGAUAAGAUGAACGACUACACCCAGCUCUGUCCGGUGACGAAGGAGGUUUGCUCGCUGGGGAUCUCCCAGCUGGGGUUUUUCAUGCAGGAAAAUCAAAACACGGAAGGGAUUAAGCUGCUAAACAUCGCUCUCAAGCGGUCGGAUCUGGUUAGUUUGAUUACGGAACUGCUGGUACCGGCUAGCUGUCCGCCCCAGUACUUUCUGCGGAUGUACGGCUUCAUAAUUGAUUCGCAUAUCAAGAAGUGUGACACUCACGUUCUGUUUGUGCUGCUGUCGAAGUUCGACAUCGUGGGUUGGAUGAAUCGGUACCGGCCGAAGCUGGUGGACGUCAAUCAGCUGACGGAGUUGGUUCUCCGUGGGCUGGAAGGUUGGAACCAGGAGAAUGCAGCAACGAUACAAUAUCUCGUCCAGCGGCAUCUGAUGCACCUAUUCGAGUAUGACUUCCCUGAGCACUAUGGGGACAUCCUGCAGAUGAGUUUGGCCGCUUUCUCGAUGAAGAAGAUUGAGCCGAAAAUUUUGCUGGACCUGGUGAAUUCGAUGCGUCAGAGGGUGGGCUGCCAGCCGAUGGCUUUCGGGCUGGGUUUGAUAGCCAUCAAGGAGGAGUUUCGCGCCUUUGCUACCAAGCAAAACAUUCUGUCCUACAAGGAUAUAAUCGAUACGACCGUUCUGCUCACGCAGCACUUCCACCAGGAGCGGUUGAGCUACGGAUUGCACGGUCUAUAUCCGAAGCACUACGAUUACUGCGAAGCACUUUCACUGCUGUUGGGAUCGAUUGGGCACGCCGCCGUCGUUGCGGCUGUACACACCUAUCCCGGUGUGCUGGCCGAUGAUUUAAUCAAUUGGCUGUGGCCUGCGUUAUGCGACAUGUUCUCCCCCUGGCUCAUCCCGUAUUUCCCCCAGAACAUGAAGGGCCAACAGCAGCAGCAGGUGGCCAACUGGAUCCAGCAGAUUGCUAGUGACAGUACAAUUCUUCCCCCGUGGGGGGAACUUCAUGCCGACACCGCCUUCCGGAUGAUAAAAGUGUUCGAACAUUGCCUGCAGUACCUAAUGGAUACAUUCCCCUCCAGUAGUGCCGUACUGGGGCAUCUGUUCUACUGGUACGAGCUGAAUUUCGCCCACCCGAACUGCCCUCGCUUUGUGAGCGUUCCGAUUCACACGAAUCUGAUGAAUCUGGCCUGGGAUCGGUUCCGACCGGCGCCAGCUCACAUCACCGGUUUCAGUCGCAUUCUGCAGCAGUUCAUCCCCGAAAGUCACCUCUUCGUGGGGCACAUUUUUAUCCGUAUCGCGUGGACACCCUGGUUGCAGCAGAACAUCCAAACCUGGGACUACCAGCUGCGGUAUCAAAUGCUGUCCUCUCUGCUGAUGAUUUUCAUAAAAAUAUCCUACGAACCGAACGCUCGCGAAGGGCUUAAAAUUGUAACCCUGCUGCAGGACGCCUGCAGCUAUCCGUGGCACCUACUCGAAUACCAAGGCGUCGAAGCGGUUCUCGAUUGGUUUGUCCUGUCGGCGGAACCAUCCGUCGUACUUAAGAUGCCCUCCGAAGGUGAAGCGGUGGACAGUGCCGUGCUGGAUCUGCUGCAAGUGGCAGCCGCAAUGAAAUUCAACCCAAGCAAUCCGCUGGAGUCAUCCACGAUGCAGUCCCAGACACAGACCAAGCGGAUACUGUACGUACGAUCGACGGUGCGGCUGCUGAAUGCCUGCGGGGCAAAGUAUCACAAGCUGCUGGGCACGAAGCAGGGCGUUCAGGCAUUCCACAAUGCAGUGCUUGGGCUGCUCAAUACGAUCGAAACUGUACUGCUGCAGGUUAAGCUGACCAAAGAUCGGGAAUUCGAGGCAAGAAACCUGAUGGCGGAGGUGAUAGUUUCGUUGCAAUCCCAGGGAGAGAAUACUUCCAAGUUAUUCAUCGAAGCGAUCAUCCUGUGGGCGGAGAAUUGUCGAACCAGCGAUAGCUUCAUGAUUCCCUCGAUACUGGAGGCGACGGGAUCGUUCAAAAGCUUCACCGUUAACCAGUACCUGCUCUUGGAGGAGAUGAUCUUCCAUUACUUCAGUAAAUCCUGGCGGGGUCAGAACGACGUUAACGGAGCUCCAAUACUGGACGCAGCCUGGACGAAGGCACUGCAUAAAGUGGGCUCGAAAACCGUUAGAGGAUACGACGAGGAGCAGCUGGUAAAGCAUCGCUUUCUGUUGGUAUUGCAUCUGUUAGUUCUGCAGCGGCUGCAGGACGCCCCGAGUAGCGGGGAAAAAAUCCUGAUUCUACAAAAGUUGUUCCGAUCGAUUGAGGAGUUGAAAGUGACUGAAUCCGAGGAGAGUAAACUGAUCCUGCUGUGGAGUAUGAUGGUGGUAGUGGGAGUUGAGAUUUUAAAGGUUUCAUCAAACAGCCAAAAUCACCUGCUGACCUUGGCGCGUUACCUGCAGACAUGCUCCAAAGACGCCGACGGCUGGGGUGAAGGCCUGCUGGGGGCCAUCGGUAUUCGCAAGAACGGGGUAAGUGUUCGUCGGAAGGUUUUGGCCAAGUGUCUUUCCUGUAUUGUGUUCCUGCUGUUUGGUUCGCAAGAAUCGGAAGAAGUGCUAGAGGCGACCGAGGGGCCACCCUCGAUCGACACCAGCAAUCGAUGCCGGGAGUACGUGCAAGCCAUGGGCGAUCUCAAGCAGACACUGGCCAACAAGCGGUACGCCGAUGUACACAUCAAAACCCGGGCCGCUAUCAACCUGAUCGAAAACACCGCCAUGGUAGCGAACAUUUCGGAAAAUGUUUGCAAAAUUUUGCGACUAUUCUGUGACGAGCGGUUCUUUCACUCGGUUGAGGACGUCUGGAGGCCAUAAGGUGAUAUUAAACGAUUUUUUAGCAGCGAGCGAAGCCCGCCACGAAAAGAUGCUUUUCCUGUUUCUGUUCUGCAAAUAUUUUUAUUACGACACUCGGCUUAUAAACUAUUAGCUUACUGGGCUGUGAAA